AUGUCGAUUGAGGAAGGAGAAUAUGGGUUAAUACCCAUCAAUCUUAAAGAGGCUGGAGUUGUCCUAGGAGAGGAGGCACCUACUGCCAUGUUCAGGGUUGGGGUGAGCAGAGGAGGUGCCUUUGCUGGGCAUGCAUCUAAGGCUAGUGCCUCUGUUGGGAGCGCUUCAAUGGUGAGCGGACAAUUGGCCGAGGGCUUGGGUAAGCUAGGUAAUGGGUUGGGCACCCGUGUUAGUGGGGUAAAGGUGCUUCCCAGUGGAGCGACCAAUGGGGCGAGUAGGGGAGAUGCCUUUGCUAUGCACGAGGACCACCUUGGCCAAGAUGCGACACUCAAAUUAGGCGAGCAAGCUUGCCUGGGUGAGCAGUCAACACUCAAGCUAGGCAGGCAAGCUUGUUUGGGCACACAGGCAGCACUCAACCUAGACGGGAUCGUGCGCGCAGCACAGGCGUGCACAACGAGUAGAAGAGGUGGGCUGCUGGGUUACGCGGUCACCCCAGUACUGGGCACCGAGGCUGUUGCUAGUUGGGAGGUCAGGGCUAAGGUAACCCAGUUGGGCGAGGUGCUUGCUACAAAGCUGCUAGGUGAGGGAGAUGAGAUUGNCUGGGUUACGCGGUGA